GCGGCAAAACCUGUUUACUUUGGUAAAGCUGGCUUAAAAACAGUAGGCUUAUAAAUAUUGCGCUCGUAUCACCGUUAUAACCGCGCUUUUUUUUUUUUUUUUUUACGGAAACGAUAUAUAAGCGACUUUACACUUCCAGUGCGCCUCGAAACACAUCUAUCUUUGGUCCUAAAUACGCCGAGUCACUCAGGAUCACGGUUGGGAUUUUUUUUUUGUGCACCUGUAUUCCGACAGAUACCCGCUUUCUAGCGUUUUGUACUCUCGCGCUGUUUGCUGAUUAGACAGUUUAUCUGCCCGCGCAAGAGGCGGAAGCGCAUUGGCUAAUCAUAAAUCAGUAGGCGGGGCUUGUCAGAAUGCAGCUAAGAAACGACUAAAACGUAAACACUUGGCCGGUCGCUAACGGUAGCUAAGAUAGCACAAACGCCUGCUCUUUUUACAUCCGUAUUGUUAAUUUAUUAUUAAUUUAAAGUGGCGGAAAAUAAACAUACAUAAGAUUUUAAAGCCAUUACAAAGAAAUACUUUUUUUUUUUUUUUGCUACAAUUCGAUGUUUAAAGCAUGGCUCUUACUGCUGGGAUAAAUUAGCUUGCUAGUUGCUACAUCCGUGUUACGUGCUCUGGGUAACUCUUUAUGUUAAGAAGAUUUCCAGAUGUUUUUGUUUCUUUCAGAUUAGGAUCGAUUUAAGUGUUAUGAGCUUGUUCCAAGUUACAGAGUCAAGUAAAGCGCUAGCUAAGGGGAAUAAACAUGAGCCAGUCACCAUUGCUGCUCGUUUUCUUUUGAUGUUGAAUCAGAAACAGGCCAGCCGCAUGCGCAGUAAUGUCCCUGAAAAGUCUGAAGCAGAAUGCAGCCAUCCAUCAUCGAUGAUCAGGUUUCACGGCUUGCCCAUUCUGCCUCCUCUGCUGAACAAAGAUCAGAAAGAAGAAAUGCGAAGCUUAAGAAAAGCUACCUCUAAUCAGACCAAUAAGAGGAAAACAUCUUCACCCUCUCGGAUGUCUUAUGUACAGGCCAUACUGGAGAGUGUUCAGCUGCGAAAGGUUCCAACCAUUAAAGAGUUUCAGGAUGAGACAGGCCUAGAAAAUCCUUUAAACACUAAAUUCCAAAGUACCACUUGCAUCCCUGGAGGUAAAAACGAGUAUAACACAGCUACAGAAGGAUUUAUCCAUUGGAAUUCAUCCUCCUUAACUCCCAAUCAACAAAUGUCUAGUGAGAAAAUGGCAGUGAUAGAAAGUACACCUCUGACAUCUACAGCUUGUGACGGUCAUACAGCUUUAAGCCGUAGGUCUUUCGAAGGAGAAGAUUCUUUAGAAAGCAGCCACACAACUGUUCUGUUUGGAGGACUACCUGUGUUUGGUCCCAGGCUGGAGCAAGCUGUUGAGAUGAACACAGAUUACGAAUGUCACUUUUCCUCAGAAUCCUUUUCAGAGAAGCAUUCUUAUCUAGAUUUUAGCCACCAAGGGCUUUCAUCUGGAUAUGUGACCAAUGAAACCUCCGACAUCACCCCUAGCUGGACAAACAGAACAGAAAAUGUCAGAAAAGAUCCAGAGGACAGGCAUACGCAUGGCUGUGAAGUUGUGUUAAAUUCCUCAAACAUGACUAAUAGGACUGGCGACAUCAUUAGCCACACUCCAGUAGAUGGAGAGGCCCUGGAGGAGGAGUAUGUAGUGUUGAGCAACGCAAAGAUCGAUGAGGUUACGGAGCCAGUAAAUUUAGCAGUGGAGCCAGAGCCAGCCGAAAGACCUUACCGCAUGAGUCUGCAGAACCUUUUGAAGAAAUCUCAAGAGUAUCGACGGCGUCAGCGCCUCCUGCGUAACCAGGCAAAGCCUUUGAAAGCCAGCGAAGCUGGACGUGCCAAUGAACACAGCCUCUCUGAUAAAGAAAAUGAGGGAUGGCAGCCAGAGGAAACUGGGAAAAUAGAGGUAAAGAGAACUAUUGAGAUCCAGAGGGAGGAUCAGUUAACAGAUCCACAUCCCCAGAUACACAAACAAAGUGGAGGGAGAGAAAGUAUAGAGCCUUGUGAAGUCAUGAACCAACACACAGCUUGCCUUAAUCUCACUUCAGCCUCAAACAGCACGGGGUGCUCAAACGGAAAAGCAUCAGCGUUCUCAAACCGUCCAAAUAUAGCUGUCAGUCCCACUCAAUCCAGUUCAGCAAAAUCUCUUUAUCAGUCCAAGGGCAAGAAAAUAGGCAGCAUGCUUCCAAGACCUUGCCUCACAGGAAAUAAAAAAAUUAAGAAUGUCCCAACUCCCAAGUUUUCCUUAAGCCCAGUGCGUGGUAAAAAAGGCAGUGUCACAGUGAAAAAGCCCCUGGUCAAAACGCCUGUCUGUGUGGAUGAUGAAUCAAGGCCAAAUCCUUGUGGGCAAAGCAAAAACAGAGCUGCGAGUCUCCUGCCAGGGACUGAGGGAGGUGUGCCUCUGUGCAAGACCAUGGAUCAGGCCAAACGGAUCGCUCAGCUGGAGCUUAACCUGUCAAGCCUUAAAGUUUUAAUCUCAGAUCUGGAGUGUACACUUGCAAAGUCGCAGGAACAUACUCCCGAAGAGGGAGCCGGCAACCCGCAACAAACCCUGCAUUCGGAACAUGAAAACAUCUGUCUGCCUGGUAGUGAAGAAAAGUCUCCGUGUGUGGUUACCUUUAGUGAGACUGUGCAGCAGAAAGUCCUAACUAAGGAUCAUGGGAUACAGCCAUCACAAAGCAUGACCCCCCUGGUGCAUAAAAUGCGAGUGCCGGAGGCGUUCUGCACUAUCAAUGGUUCAAAGCAACACUCUGAGAGGUCCGCUGUCCUUACAAAUGCCAACAAUCAGCUUGAAGAAAAGAAGAAUGCCUCGGGCAACAAAAAGAAAGGAAAAAUGGAAGACUCCCCACAAGGCAUGUCUCUCAAUCAGUCAUAUGAUGUGGACACACCUUCGAGACUGUGGUCCCAGUCAGGAAAACAGCUGACCCCAGAGCUGGGUGGGCAAGAAGGUGUGUCACGUGCCAAACGCAGACUGCAGAUGAACGCUGUGGACGGAAACACAUCAGGCCAACAGAAUGAUGAGGAACAAGCUCAGUCCAGUACACCUAAAGCGAUGCAGAGGGCAGUGCCGGAGCUACAGAGGGAUGAGCAUGAUUUGCAGGUCAAAGCUCUGAUCGGGGAACAGCAAAUACAACAGCGUGAGCUGCUGCAGUCUCUGGCGAUGAGGUACCAGUUUCUUUGGAGCGUGUCCUUCCCAUGUCCCAGCUCAGGAUCACGUCUGGAGGACAUGACAACCUCCUGUCUUUCCUCCUCCCCUGUUUCUGUGGGGCUGGGCUCUUCUUCCCAUGCACACGAGCUCGCUCCAUCUGAACUGAGUGCUCUGUCGGACUCAAUGCACAUUUCACAGUACCUUCUUCCUCUGUGCCAUCGCCCCCUGGUGGCAGCAGCUGUGAAAGGCUACCUGACUCGCAGGCUUCUUCGUACAGAGAGAGUAGCUCAACUCAUCAGAACCAUCAAGGACACUCAGCUGUUCCUCCAGGGCUUUCAGCCUCCCACACCAGGCCGAGAACACUGCAGCAAACAGGACCGAGUCCUACAAGAGAGAGUCACACUACAGUUGCGGUCGGCGCGUUACGAGCUGUACGACCUCUUCACCAUGUGUCCUGCAGAGCGCAUGCAGAUGAUCAGCUGGGACCGACAGCGUAUCAGAGAAAGAGAGUUCAGAUCUAAGGAGAGUACGGCGCUGCAGGGCAAAUUGAAAGGAAAGGGUUCUCUGUCUGCUGCUACAAGAAAAGCCCUGGAGAGAAAGAGGACAAUAAUGUUACAGAAGAAAGCGGCAGAAAGGACAAAGCCGGCAGUGGGUGCAGAGGAAAGAUGGACGUUUGUGCCAAACCCACGCAGAGUUCCAAAGAAGACUACUCCGUUACGGCGCAGGUGAAAAGCUUACACUUCUGCUGCACACCCAGACGCCAACACAGCAUGGGGCCUUGCUAGAAUAUCACCAUGUCAUGUUUAAUGACAUGAUGCCUUUAUUUAUUUAUUCUUUUUUUUUUUUUUUUUAAGUUGGAUGUCAAAUUUUGGAAAAGUUUCCUAUUUAUUCAUCUUGCCAAGUUUAUUGUGAAAUGUGGGAAAAUACGGGAAAAUACACUUGCAAAUUGACAGGCUGUUGUUAGGUAAUGUUUUUUUUUUUUUAUACUGUCAGCUGUAUGUUGACUUGCUUCUUAACUUAUUUUGUAUUUGCAUCUGUCCACUUUCUAAUAAACGACUGUUCUAACAA